CAGAGAUGGAUUCAUCAGAAAGAUCAACGAUUAGAAGUGAACAAAAAUCCAGAAAAUUCUUAAAAAGUCUAAUAAGAAAGCAACCUCGAGAUCUUCUUCUGGUAAUUGGAACUGGAGUAAGUGCUGCGGUAGCACCAGGAAUCCCAGCACUGUGCUCCUGGAGGAGCUGCAUCGAGGCUGUCAUUGAAGCAGCUGAACAGCUGGAGGUGCUUCAUCCAGGAGAUGUUGCUGAAUUUCGUAAAAAAGUGAUCAAAGAUAGAGACCUGCUUGUAGUUGCGCAUGAUCUGAUCAGGAAAAUGUCACCACGUACUGGUGAUACCAAGCCCAAUUUCUUCCAGGACUGCUUAAUGGAGGUGUUUGAUAAUUUAGAGCAACAUAUUCAGAAUCCUGUUGUUCUGCAGUCAAUUCUGAGAUUAAUGGAGAGAGGCACAAUGGUCCUAACUACAAACUAUGAUAAUUUACUUGAAAUAUUUGGUCAGCAACAGGGUAAACCUAUGGAAUCUUUAGACUUGAAAGAUAAGGAUAAGGUUCUUCAGUGGGCGAGAGGCCAUAUAAAAUAUGGAGUUCUGCAUAUUCAUGGCUUGUACACAGAUCCCUGUGGAAUGGUCCUAGAUCCUUCAGGAUAUAAAGAUGUUACUCAAGAUCCUGAAGUAAUGGAGGUUCUUCAAAAUCUGUAUCGAACCAAGUCUUUUUUGUUUUUGGGCUGUGGAGAGACUCUGCGUGAUCAGAUAUUCCAAGCUCUUUUUCUUUAUACUGUAAAGAAUAAAGUGGAUUUAGAACACUAUAUGUUGCUGCUGAAAGAAAAUGAAGACCACUUCUUUAAGCUCCAGGCAGAUAUGCUUCUGCAUGGAAUAAAAGUAGUGUCUUAUGGGGACAGCUUUAAACAAUUUCCAGAAUAUGUACAAGAUCUGACCGCUCAAAUCUGCAAGCAGAGAAGCCCAGAUGCUGAUCGAGUGGACAGCACAACACUGUUGGGAACUUCGUGUAUGGACUGUGCUAAAAGGAAGUUAGGAGAAAAUGGCACUGAUCCUCCUAAGAGAAUCAAGCAAUCAGAUAAUGGUAUACCCACUGUUUAAUGAAAAAACACAAAAACUUUUUGAAAGCAGAUGUUUUACAUGAGCAUGGGAAGUUUUGAGAUAUUUCCAUGUUUUUAAGUGGAUCAAAAAUUGCUUAUCUUAGCAUUUUCUUAUCUAGGGAUGUAAACGGGGAACGCACGUCAAGUUUGAGAGGCAUACUAGUUGUUCUCUAUAGACAGUUCCAUACUACUAAAACUGUAUGUGCCGAGUUAUUUAGAAGCAGAUGCAAGUUUUAUCUGCCUGUGCUUCAAGCCAGUUGGAAGUCCUGAGACUGUUAGAAUAGCACUGAGCUUGAAUCAAGGCUUUAGUUUGGGUAGGGUGCUUUGAAGUCCCACAGGACAUGACUGUUGGCAUACCUGAAGUUAUCUGUUAGUGGCUUUUAAAAUGUUCUUCAGCUGAAUCUCUGCUGUACUGCAUUUAGGCUGCUGGAAGUUAAAAUCUUCAGGGGUCUGUCAGCACAAGCUGUUUGCAAGAUUUAGAUCUAGAACUAUAAGGUGUUAGGAAUUGUUUUUCUAUGUAUGUUUAUUGAACCCACUUCACAAUAACGUGCUUGUAUUUAUGCUUGUAGCAGAAGUAUACACUUUCAUCUGUCAGUUUGUUUAAACAUGAGAUCACGUGGGGGAGAAAAGGAUGUAAUGGAAGAAUACCAAACAAAGACAUACAGCAUGUGCAUUGGGACUUACUGACCUAUUUGCUGUUUAGUUGUAUGGACAUGUCCUAGUGUUUGAACUGUAGGAUAUGCUGCCAACAUCCCAGAAAGCGCAGGUACUGAAUAGCUUUAAUGCAGCAGAAUUAAAGCAGGUUAGUAUCUAAUUAUGCAUCUGUAGAUGAUUUCUAGUGUGAAAGUUUGACUUCAAUGCAACUUCUCAAAUGCUUAGUCACCCUGAUAAGCGUUUCUCCAAGGUAGUUACUUCACCUACCACUGAAUUAAUGUCAGCACUACCCUGACAGACUGACUUACUGCUCCAGUGGCUAACACCAACACCUGAGAUCCUCUGAAGUUUUCUUAUCAGCUGCCUCUCACCAUAGUGUCUGCAGGAGAGCAUGUCCAGGGCCCUUCCUGUUCUGAUACUGGCAUGUUCAUACCUGAAGGUUCUGGAGGCUGCCCCAGUCAGGCUUCUCUAAUUCCAUCCCCUGUAGACUUGAUCUGUUUGGUGUGCCUUCUGAGAUCACACUGAUUAAAUGAGGUUUUGCAUGGAGAGGACGUGCUAGAGCUGUCAAAUGACCUUUCUGCCAGACUUCCAGCAGGUAUGUGAACUCUUCACUCCCAUGCCACAGAAGCAAUUUCUGCUUGUUCACCAGUAUGUAUGCACGCAAAAUGAAAUGCCUGACGAUGAAGUGAAGGCUUCUUUCCAGACUGAUUACAACUGAGAUAGUUAGAUGUCUUUCUUUGUAGGGUGGGAAGCCUUUGUUGCUGUCCUGAAGUAGGCAAAGUUCUGAAGAUACUUUGCCUCUAGCUAAGCAGUCUAAACAGUGCAUGUUCACUGACUCUUCUGUCUCAGAAUACUCCAGGUGUCUUUCAGGAUCGACAGUCCAUACUUGGACUUUAGUGUAUGACAGAGCUGCUGAGGAGCUCAGCAUCAGGUCUUGAGGGUUUGGCUGUGUUUUAUGAAGUUAAAAAGCAAAAGCAAAUGAGACUGUAUGUAGGCAUACUCCUAUCCUCCUUUUGAGAAACUGUAUUUAUGCCUUACAUCACUUCUUUUAAAGAUUAAAUCUGUUAGCAUUGAGUACAGCAUUACCUGCAAGAUUCUAGCCUGUAAAAUUUGCUUUUCUAGUCAGCCUAAAUUGGGUAUUUUAGUAAGUGUUAAGUGAAGUUGCUGUUUUUGACGCUGAUGUAUCCACUUAGAAAAAUGUAAGUUGACGUAAACUGCAGCUCCGUUCAUCUGAUGGAUUUUGCUAUUAUAUUGUCCUUUUUUAUGACCCUGAUUAUUGCAAUUGUUUGAGCCCUUUCCUAAAGUCAUGUAGCACUUUAUCUAUCGUAUGCCUGGGAUUGGAUUUACAUUAGGAAAAUCUCAUCCCUGCCCUUUGGUCCUUAGGAUCAGCUUAUAUCUAGCACUGGGGGGGUUCUUCAGUUUUGUAAACACUGCUGAACUGCAACUUGUACAAGAGCCUUUCCUAACCGAAGUGCCAUGUUUUUGCACUCUGAAAAGCAGAUGAGUAAUCAAUUUGUUUUUAUUCAUAACCUACACUAAGGAGUACACAGAAAUUCCUCCUCUGGGCCCCUCAACCUCCAGUCAAGGAAUUGCUAUCUUCUACGUACAUUUCAGCCAUCUUAUGAACAGCAUUGCCUUGCAGCUACCUCAGGGAUUAAAAUAUAAUCAAAAGGGACAGAAUCUGAAACUCAGCUGUUCCCUUUGAUUCGUGUUAAAUGAAAAAGUGACUUGUUUAAGGCUCUGUUCAAAUUGUUACCUGAAUAAGGUGAAAGAAUUAACCGUACAACUAGAGAUUAUAAGUGACAUAUUUGUUAGGCAUGAAUUAAAAUAAAUCUACAGUAGAACUAUUUUUAAAUGGGAGUAAGAUAGUUACUGAACACAGUCCUGUUGACCAUUGUCACAUUUUGUUCAAGCUGUGAAAUUAAGUUGGCAGGGUGUCUACACUAUCUUAAUAAAAUAUUUAAAUCCAAGCGGGCUGUUUUUGUAUACCAGUUAAUAUGUACCUCUUACUUUUCUUUACAGACUAUUCUUUACCGUAUUUUUCUAUUUCAGCUGGGUAUUCUUAGUGAGUGAGUGGCUUAAAAAACAAAACAAAAAUAGAACUAUACUCAUAAUAAACAGGCUGGCAUGGAUCAAGAUCUCUGUGGAAAAUGCUAGAGGCUGUUCUUUAUUCAUCCGUCACACUAAUAUACACGUUUCCACCUCUGUCAGUGGAUGCUGAGGUCUGGAUACAGAGUAAGAUCCAAAGUCAGUACGCGACUGAACAUAUAGUCAUCAUGCUGAGAAGAAGGAUCACACAAUUUAGGACAUUUUUGUUACUCGAAAUAAGCAUUUCAUAACUGUCCAUGAGAGUAAAUAAUAAGCUUGAGUCAGCCAAAGGGAUCUAGCCAACUCAUUAUUUGUGAUGACUUCAGAACACAAAUAAAGCGGUUCAAAUCCAACAGCACAGUUAUGUACAUAAUGAUUAGCUGUAGCAAUUCCUAAGACGCAAAUCAAUACUUUAACAAAAAAACGGUUUGUGUUAUCUAACAACAUUCUAAGUAGUAAAUUAAUUUGUUACCUCUGGACACACUCCAAUCAAUGCGUCUGCUUUGGAAUAAAACUCUUCCUUUAAAGAAAUAACUAUCAUUUGAAGCUGUUCAUGUGCCUGGUCUCUAAUGAAACUCGAUACCUUUGUAGAAAAGCCAAAUGUUUCAGUAAGUUAGUUCUGGCAGACUUAAACCAUACCAUAAUUACUGUAAUUAGGGAAUGAUGCAGAAGGAACUGGAUUACGUUAGCAGUAAAAUUCAGUAAUUCAGUUACGAAAUAAAACAGUCUAGAAGACAGCUACUUCGCAUGUUCUUAACACAAGCCCUCAGAUUUGCCCCUUUUAAAAAAUCUGUAUGAAAACAAUCAUUCACUCCAAUGAAUAAGGUUACAGAAAAACGUCAGUGCCAAUGAAAAAUAUUUUACUUAAUAUGAUUUGGAAGGUAGGUGAAAAUUCCUGAGUAAGAAAAGAAAAGUGAAAAUAGCUGUUAUUGGUUAUAUAUUAAGAUGUUAAACAUACAUUAUUUUGCUGCAAGCAGUGCAACGUUUUUUUUAUUGAUCGAUCUGCAAUAUGAAAGACACAGAAAUUCAGCUAUAAACUGGAGGCUAAAUAAGACAAUACCCCACAAUGGAAAUUAAAUGCUGAGUAAAGAAAGACUUGUAUUUAAGUUAAGAUUUUUGACUGUACAGUUUUAUCUGGUACAUGUAAUGCAUUUAAUCAGUUACAAAAUUAACUUUCAUUUAAGCUGUUAAUUUAGAAGGUGUAAUUAAAGUGUUGGAAACUGCUUUAGUAAAUCCUUAAACUGAAGAAAGGGAAAGAAUACUGUUCAGUUCUAAGCAUAUCAAAUUCUCUGGAUCCCACCAAGUACUAGCAAUAUAUAUUUCCAAAUGGUAAAUUA